CAAUCAAACUGCUGCCAUGCAUCCAACCUCACUGCUCUCCAUCUUGGUCUCACUGUUCAUCUUCCAUCAACGGGUACAUGCCGAGUGUGAGCCGGUGGCGUGCGGGAACUUCACCAUCAAGUACCCGUUCUGGCUCGGCGCGCCCAGCCGUCCCCCGCCGGAGCCCUCCUGCGGCCACCCGGCCUUCGAGCUCUGGUGCCCCGCCAACACCACGUCGGCUUCCAUGAGAGGCUCCGCCAUCCAAGUCCUAAGCAUCGACUACGACGCCAGCAGCUUCGUUGCCUCCCACAGCAGGUUCGCCGGGGGCACCAACACCAGCGUGUGCCGCGCCGACUUCAACAUGUCGUCCAGCCUAGCUCUCGCCCCGUUCAGGAUCAGCCCCAGCAAUAUGGCCUUGUGCCUUCUCUUCGACUGCAACGGGAGAGAACCGCGUGGGCGCGAGUACGUGAACGCCACCGCCAGCUGCGAUAAACCCAUCUAUGCGUACCUCCGCAGGAGCUACGACCGGGACACACCACCGUCGAUCCCCACUGGUUCCUGCACCUACACGUACCUGCCGGUACUCGGGUCGGAGGCGACAGUCUCGACGGCAGCCAACUAUAGCCGGCUGCUGAAGGCCGGGUUCAACCUGGAUUGGGCAGGCACCGGCAGCGAGGACUGCCCAACCUGCAUCGCCAGCGGCGGCCAGUGUCGGUACAGCAACUCGACCGCGGCGUUCGGUUGCCUCUGCCCCGGCGACGGGAAGCUGCGUGGCUCGACAUGCGCCGGUGCGACGCCAACGGCACAGCCUCCCUGGACGUACCAGAUCCUGGAGAUCUCUUACGGAGACAACGGCACCUUCCAGGUCACCAACCUCGAUCUCUUGGAUAGCACCUGCGACGUCGUGCUCUGUGUGAACUCUUCUUCGGGCCUCGGCCUCGCGCCCUUCUGCAUCAGCGCUGCCAACCAGGAGCUCCUCUUCCUCUACAACUGCAUCACCCUGCACACGCAGCCGCCGCCGCCUACAUGGGCGCCUUUGAAAAAAGAUGCACCGGUUCAGUUCUGUAGACAAGUACUCUUCGAUUUCGGCACACUAAGGCUUCGUUUGGUUGUUGGGGUUUCCUUCCCCACGGACGGACGCGCGCGCCUACUCCUCUCCCCGGGCCCGCCGGUCGGUGGCAGCCACCACCAUUUCCACUCAUUUUCCCCAAAAACACUAUCGCCCCGCGCGCACUCGCUCCCGCCCCAACCAGCCAUGGACGACGCCAUCGACCUCGACGCCGCCGCCGGCCUCGCCACCCUCGCCUCGUCCGGCACCGCCGCCCCCGCCGGGAAAGGCAAGCCUCUUGCCCCGUGCAAGACGGCCGCAGCGGCCCCGAGGAAGCCAAAGAAGGCGCUGACGCCUGAACAACGGGCAUGCGAGUCAGCCAAGAGGAAGGGCUCGAGGCAUGCCGUGAACGCGAGGGAUGAGGCCGCCCCGCAGCAGGAGCACGGCCUCGUCCAAGCCGCUGUUGCCGCGGCCAACACCGGCUCGUCGGUGUUUCCUCGGAUGGUGUUGCCCGACUCGCCCCGCGCGUCGGCUUGCAACCUGAUCCCCGGCUUCCACGUCUACCAACAGGCCUCCCACCUCUCCGGGGAGUGCUCGCCCGAAGCAGCCUUCAGGCGUGAUCAGGUCGACAUCGACCUGGACGGCUUCCCCCUCGACCACGAGUUCCCGGAAGACUACGGGCUAGAGGAAAAGGACGAGUGCGACAUCGAAUGGCAAAAGAAAUUAAACCACCGAUGGUAUGGAAAUCAUAGUAUUACAACUUCUGGUUUACCAAAGGAAAUAACAUUUGCUUCCAUCUCAGCUUUGACAUCAGCAGCUACAACCUUGCUCUUGCCAUGCCUUUAUGUGCUGAUAUGGCACAGAAAGGGGAAAAGACUAUGGUUUCUCCUUUGCAAGAAGAACAGCAGCAACACUGAAAAGAAUUACGAGGCCAUGAUAGUAUCCUAUGGAUCCCUAGCUCCAAAAAGAUACACAUACUCAGAGGUAAUGAAGAUAACUUCUUCUCGCAAUAAUCAGCUUGGAAAAGGUGGAUAUGGUGUGGUUUUCCAAGGGAGACUAUAUGAUGAUCGUUUGGUUGCUGUCAAAUUCUUGCAUGACUGCAUAGGAAAUGGUGACGAGUUUGUGAAUGAGGUCAUGAGCAUUGGCAGGACCUCUCAUGUUAACAUUGUUAACUUAUUUAGGUUUUGUUUGGAGCGAUCAAAACGAGCUCUUAUAUAUGAGUACAUGCCCAACGGUUCCUUGGAUAAGUACAUUUACUCAGAGAACCCCAAAGAAAUUUUAGGAUGGGAGAGGCUCUAUGCAAUAGCACUCGGGAUUGCUCGUGGCCUCGAAUACUUGCACCAUAGCUGUAAUACACGUAUCGUCCAUUUUGAUAUCAAGCCCCAAAAUAUCCUUCUAGACAAGGAUUUUAACCCGAAGAUUGCUGAUUUUGGUCUAGCUAAAUUGUGUCAUACAAAGGAGAGCAAGCUUUCAAUGACUGGUGCUAGAGGAACAAUUGGAUUCAUCGCUCCAGAAGUUCACUCUCGAACAUUUGGAGUGGUUUCAACAAAGUCAGAUGUUUAUAGUUAUGGAAUGAUGCUUUUGGAGAUGGUUGGAGGAAGGAGAAAUGUAAAAUCAAUUGUUGCAAAAUCCAGUGAAAAGUAUUUUCCAGACUGGAUUUAUGAUCACUUUGCGCAAGAUGAUGGAUUACAAGCAUGUGAAGUCAUAGGAGAAACUGAAGAAAUCGCAAGAAAGAUUACAUUAAUUGGAUUGUGGUGCGUACAGAUAUUGCCUGCAUAUCGUCCUACCAUAACCAAAGUUCUAGAAAUGUUCGAGAGAAGCUCAGAUGACAUGGACAUGCCACCGAAGCAAAACUUCUCUGGAUUGCUGGAAAGUUCAGCUCACAAUAUGGAUGUACAAAGUUCAAGUUCUAACAAAUCUGAGGAGAUCAGCCUUGUGAAUUAAAAAAUCCUACAAAAAUCGCCAACUCUUUGAGCAGAUAGGCCAUGUGAAUCAAAGGACCUACAUUCAUUUCCAACACUGUGAGAAGAUGGCCUGUACUAGAGUACAUUCAGAAACUGAACAAGCGCAUCGAAAUUCCGCAUUGUAGUAGAACAUAUUCCAUGUAUGCAUGACCUAGAAUCAAGAGCAUCCACAUGCCAGCGUCUGAAUUCUGAUGAGUUUUGUGUUCUAACUGCUAAAAGCAUCGGAGGCAAACAGCUACCAAGGCCUUCUUGACUGUAAAUUUCCCCCAAAACUGAAUAUAUGCGAUUAGGCUCUAACUACAGCCCCUAAAAUUUCAGAAUCCGGAUGCAUAC